AUGCUUCUGCUUUCCCACAACGCCUUCCAGACACCAACAUGGCAGGAGUUGAAGACGCGCUGUUCCGACGAGAACUUCCAACAACUUUACGAGCUCCUGGCGAAACAUCUCAGGAUCUCACACAUAGCCAUCAACAAACCAAUACCACCUCAAAGUGAUGACAUCGACUCGGAAAACAUCCUUCGGGCACCACAGAACUUCACGCCUCUGUACGGAGAGUUUGGCCCUACAACAUGUUCGUCGCCACCGACUAAGGAAGACUUCGACGCCGCCUUCUGGGUGACGGCGAAGCAGAACGAUAUCUAUCAAACCUGGGCUCCCAGAUGGACUAUGUUCUCUCGAGGCAAUAUCAGCGAGAAGGCUCGAUUGCUCGGCUUGUCGUCAGUACACGCAGCCAUUGAGCAAGGCCAGCAUGAUGGGCGAGGGUGCGCUGCUGUGGACCUUUACGCCGGCAUUGGGUACUUUGCCUUCUCGUAUCUGAAGGCUGGAGUGAACCAGGUGUUAUGUUGGGACAUCAAUGCUUGGAGCAUCGAGGGGCUGAGGAAGGGUGCGAAGGCGAACAAGUGGGACUACGCAACGUACGGUGACCAUGAUGCUGGUUUCUUCGAUGAUGGGACGAAUGGCGAAGUAAAACUACUCAUCUUCGAGGAGUCGAACGAGAACGCACCAGACCGGGUCAGAAAGAUGCAAGCAAGCCUUCCACCAAUCCGGCACGUGAACUGCGGGCUUCUGCCAUCCUCGCAGCAUAGCUGGCGAAUCGCUGCCAAUGUUCUCGAUCGAGAGCUAGGCGGCUGGAUCCAUGUGCAUGGGAAUUUUGGAAUCAGUGAGAUCGGUGACAAGGCGGAAGGCAUCAGAGAAAGCCUCGAGCAUAUGUCACAAAGCUAUGGACAGCAUGCCGCUCCUCAGUUGGAGGGCAUCCACCAAGUCAAGAGCUACGCCCCGGGCGUCAUGCAUUGCGUGUUAGACAUAUAUAUACCACCAGCAGAUCUCCACUGA